AGUGGUUUAAUAAGUGUUGCUGGACUUGUUCCGGUUCUAAUGGUGUAGCAGAUAUGAGUGGGUUGCGUAAAAGAAACCAGCAGGAAUGCUUGAGCCAGUCACAAGCGAAGCGAACGCGCCAAGAAGCCAACGCCGAUGAACGUGACGAGGUCGAUGAGGUCGAAAAUGGUGAAUCAGAAGAGGUACGGAAUGGUAAGGUGCUUCGGAUAGUGCUGAAGAACUUCAUGUGCCACCGGCAUAUGGUGGUCGAGUUUAACAAGCGCGCCAAUUUGCUGGUCGGCAAGAACGGGAGCGGCAAGAGCGCUAUUCUUGCGGCCAUGACCAUCGGACUGGGUUGUAACGCAAUGCAGACGAACCGAUGUUCCAGCUUGAAAGACCUCAUAAAACACGGCGAAUCGCAAGCCGUCAUAGAGAUCCACCUGGAAAACUCUAAUUUUGAUUGCUUUGAGCGUGAGCGAUAUGGCAGUCGGAUCGUAUGCGAGCGCACGAUAAGUGCGUCGGGUAGUGGAACGUACAGGUUGAAAAAUGCAAACGGCCACACGAUCUCGACCAGCCGUAGCGAGCUCCAAAAGAUACUGUUGGCGUUCAAUAUCCAGGUGGAUAAUCCGAUCUGUGUACUGAAUCAGGAUUUGGCGCGUUCGCUGUUAAAAGAUUCGGACGAAUCGAAACAGUAUAUGUUUUUCGCCAAAGCGACGCAAAUCGAUACGAUCAAGCUGAAGCUGAACCAGUGUGCGGUGAUUGCCGAGCAGCUGCGCCACAUACUUUCGGUGCGAGAGCAAAGCCUCAAGUACCUGCGCCAGGAGGUGGACGAGCUGGAGGAAACACAUGAAAAUCUAGCGUCCGCGGGACGGUUGGGCGAGAUGCUGAAGGAUCUGCAUGCCCUGCUUGCCUGGCGAACUGUGGCCGAUCAGGAGCAGAAACUCGCCGAGGUGGAUCAGGAGAUCGAAAGGCUUCGUGCUUCAAUCCGAGAGCAAGAGGAUCGUAUCGCCAAUCGCGGAGCGCUCGUUGAAGAAACCGACCGCACUGUGCAGAUGCUACGGGUGGAUAUUGAGGGAAAGAAAACGGAGUUUUCUACGCUCAAGGCCGAAUACAUGAAGCUUCGGCAGGCGCUGCAAGACGCGCUUACUCAACAGGCGACCAUCGAAAGAUUGAAGGGAAAGAUAUCGGACCGGCUGGUACGGAUGCAGGAGGAUAUACGAGGCAUAGAGCAGGAACUGAGUGAUCGUAGCAAAAGUGGUAUGAGCCAGGUGGAACAAGAGAAGGUGCAAGUUGAAUCCGAGCAGGCGGAACUGCGCGAACGGUCGGCGGAAUUGUCGAAGCAUAUCGAGAAAGUUCAGGGCGAGUUGAUGACGAUGCACAACACCCUUACGCAGCUGAAGGAUACUCGGGAGCAGCGGCAUCACGAGCGAAUCGCAAAACGUUCCCAGGUGACAAGCCUCGAAGAACAGCUGGAGCAACUGAAACGAGCGCCACGCAACAAGCUAGCCAUCUAUGGUGCCAACAUGCCGGCGCUCGAUACUCGCAUCCGGCAGCUUCAUCGCCAGGGGAAGUUUUCCGAACUACCACGCGGCCCACUUGGCCAGUACAUCGAGGUCUGUGACCGCAAGUGGACGUCGAUCGUGGAAACCGCGAUAGGUAACAAAUGUCUUUCUGCGUUCUUCGUUGCUACGCAAGAAGACUGGAGAACGCUGGAUGGGUUGCUGAGACGCGAGUUUCCAGAUCUGCAAACGUGUACCAUCUUCACGGGACGCUUCGCUAAGGAGCUGUACGAUGUGCAGCAAGGAUGCGUGCAGGAGCUGGACGGAACGCAUCUGCUGAUGAAUCUCAUCCAGGUUGCCGAUCCGGUCGUGAUGAAUCGGUUAAUCGAUAGCGUAGCGAUCGAUACGAUCCUCGUCACCGAGCAGCAGAGCAUCGCGAUUCAACUGACGAGUGAAGUGGAGAAUGUCCCCGAAAAUCUGUCCAAGGUUAUCGUGACGGAACCGUGCUCGGAGUUCUACCCUCAGCCUCGGUACCGCAGCUACGCCAUACAGCUUAAACCGGCGCGCUAUCUACAGGUCAGCAUGGUCGAGCUGAGACAGCGGACGGAGCGACAAUGUGAAGAGCUGCGUCGUGAACUGGUAGAGUUGAAUGCCUCCGCUGAGGAAGCGCAGCUGGCACAGCAAAACCAAACUCGCGAGCUGCACAAACGACAGCAGGCGCUGAAUGAAUUGCAGCAGCAGAUGCACACGAUAGAGCGGCGUAUGGCCCAGCUGCAAUCGAUCGUGUUUGUGGAGGAAACCGAGGAAGCGACGUUGCGCCACGAGUUGGAAGAGCUUCAGGCGGAAUCGGAAAAGUUGCGCGAAAAGCUAGAAACUGAGCGCGGUUCGCUGAAAUCGAUACAGGCAGAGGUUCGCACGAAGGAGCAAGCAGUUGUGGAGAAAAAGAACAGCAUGGUCGAGAUCGAGAAUACGAUCCGCGCCAUUCAGCUGCGAAUCGAAGACGAGCAGCAGAAGCGUCAAGAUCUGCAGACAAACGAACAGAUGAAACGGCAAGCGCUGCAGCGCUGCGAGGAUGCGAUACGCGAACAGAUGGCAGCGCGCAGUACUGUAGCGGAAGACGUCGAAAAAGCCCACACCGAAGCACUCACCAAGGGCAGUCGCGUAGAGACGACGGAAACGGUGGAGCGAUUGAAACAACAAAUACAUUCUACCGAAAAACGAAUGCGGAAAAUGACCCAAACUAACGAAAAAAUCGACGACGUUAAACAAAAGCUGGAUCAGAAGAUUGCCGAACGGGACGAUGCGGUGCACUAUACGGAGAAGCUUCGAGACAUCGUGUCCUUGCUAAACAACACACGCGAAGACCGCUUCGCCUACCUAGAGAAGCUUAUCUCGCACAUGUCUCUGCGUGUGAAGCACAAGUUUAAGACCAUCAUGCAGCUGCGCAGCUACGUCGGUUCGAUGAAGAUAAAUCGUGAAGCGGAAAAGCUGGCCCUAUCGGUGGUGCCCCGUGAUGCGAAGGUGCAGAACUCCGUGUCCUCGACGAAAUCCCUAUCCGGAGGCGAGCGAUCGUUUGCUACCGUUGCCUUCCUGAUAGCGCUGUGGUCGUGUGUUGAUACACCGUUCUUUUUCCUGGACGAGUACGACGUGUUCACCGACCAGCUGAACCGCCACACGAUGACACAAUUGCUGAUAAACGAAGCGAGCAAGAAACCGGAUCGACAGUUUUGCUUUCUGACACCUCAGGACAUGAGUGAGAUCAAAGCAUCUAGCGAUCUCACGAUUCAUAGAAUGGAUGAUCCUGAGCGUUGCUGAUCGUAGCUGGUUUGUGUAACAUCAUUCCACCACCCGAUGUGUCCUAGUGCAGUACAUUUCUUGGUUGUAAAUGUUUGCUCUACUUCUGGCGUGAGAUUCCUUUCAUUCCUUGUUUUCAAACGGCUGCUCUCUGUGUUCCUCUUCGAUCUACUGAGAUUCAAUAUCCCACUGUUAAAUAGUGUAAUGGUUUCACGUUUUAAAUGUCAUUGUUGUGCCAUGCCAUGGCCAUCACGGAUCUACAAUAGUUUUUUCGUGCAUAAUAAAUUGUUGGUGCUGGUUGCCAUGGUAAUGUCCAGGCUUGAUGUUGAA